UGCUAUCAGUUCUUCCAUUUAUGUUCUUGGUGGAGGUCAAAAAAUGGCUGAUUCAUUAAGUGUCCUUAGGUACAACACAAAGACCAAAGAAUGGAGCGUGUUCUGUCAGCUGACCUCAGGUGUUCGAGAGACCACCGCCGCUACUCUCGGUCACCGUAUUUACCUGUUUGGCGGGGUAGAUAGUAAAGGAGCCAACACAGACUUGGUGCAGUGCGUAGACACCCUGAGUGGCUGCACCUAUCAAGCCGGCAGACUUCCGUCACCCACGUGCGGUGCGCGUGCACUGAGCAAUGGAGGACGUAUUUACGUCGUGAGACCUAAAGGGGAUGUCUUGUCUAUGUGGGAGAGCUUUCCGUUGGCUGAAAACAUAGAAAAACGUCUGUCUCAAAGGAAGGAGAAGAAAGAAACUAAUGAUCACUCGUCUAACACGAUCAGUUCAACAGUGAGCUUUAGAGAGGUUGGCAAGUUCACUGGACGGCGUCACUUCAACGCCUGUUUGAAUGGAGGGGAACUUAUUGUGUGUGGUGGCGAAACAGAAGAGCAUCAACUGCUGGCAGAAUUUGAAUCGAUUUCACUGGAAGACGGAAACACUUCAAAGAAAUCUUUGACUCUAGUUACAGGGGCAGCGAAGUUUGAUCUUCAUUUAUUAAACGUCCCGCUGGCGUUCUUAACAGGAACAGCCGUCACACAGCCAUUUCGGGUUGGGGACAGAGUGGUACUUCGCCCAUACGAACAGCAAAGGCUUCAGAAUCAAUAUCAGCCGCACCUUGGAUAUAAUAUCCAGUUCCUUACGGAACUGGCUCCAUACAAGGUAUUUUAAUAGACUUUUCACUUUCUCACAUUCUGC